AUGCUUGGCCUCAUCUCCCUGGUCCUGGCGGCUAGCCGGCUUACCACUGCACUGGACUGCAAAUGCUCACCAUCCGACCCAUGCUGGCCAGCCGACUCGGAAUGGGCUUCGCUCAACGAAACGAUCUCGGGUCACCUUAUUCGAACAGUCCCCCUUGGAGCAGUAUGCUAUCGGACCGAGUCCGUCUAUAAUCCCGAGGCUUGCACUACUGUUCUCGCAAAUUGGUCAACCUCCGCUUUCCAUUCUGCUGAUCCGGCCAGUAUCGAUGACCCCAUGUGGGCGAAUAAUAGCUGCAAUCCCAUAUAUUCCAAUGGCACUAGCCUCACAGGUAAUAUCCACGCAGGCGAAAAGGGUUGUUCGAUUGGGAAUUAUCCACCGUUUGUAGUGAACGCGACGGAGCCUGGCCAUGUGCAAGCUGCGCUGAAGUUUGCGAGGAGAUGGAACCUGCGGUUGAAUAUCAAGAACACGGGACAUGGCUCGGAAAGAAGGAUCUGGACCCAUAACCUGAAACAGAUCCAAUUUCACGAGAACUUCCAGCCUCAGUCAUGCAAGACUGGAACAAGGGUAAACGAAACUCAAAUGGCAACCACCCUAGGAGCCGGUGUGCAAGAUGGAGAGCUGUUCAAAGCGAUGUCGAAACACAAAGCCAUCGCAGUGGGUGGAACCAACGCUGACGUUGGUGUCGUGGGAUGGGCAACGGGUGGUGGUCAUGGCCUGGCUACCGGCAAAUACGGCAUGGGUGCUGACAAUAUCAUCGAGGCAGUCGUCGUAACACCCACAGGUGAAGUGGUUGCGGCUAAUGCUUGCCAAAACAGAGAUCUCUUUUGGGCCAUCCGCGGUGGGGGCGGGGGUACAUUUGGUGUCAUACUGAGUGUUACUCUGAAAGCGUACCCCAUGCCAUCAGUGACCCUCGUAAAUCUGUCAAUGUCAGCUAAGAAUGGAACUCAUCCGUCGAGUUGGUACAGAUUUGUUGCCCGGGCCCACGCACACUUGGACCUCUUGCAAGAAGCGGGCGUUCAUGGGUACUAUACGAUGGGUGGAGGAUCUUUGACACUGCAAGGCGCUCUACUCAUUUAUGAUGCUCAAAAUGGGACAGUGGAAAACCUUCUUGCGCCGAUGCGAAGGUUCUUUGAUGCUUCUAAUGCAACUGCCACCUCAAGUCUCACGCCACUUGUAACAUUACCGUGGUAUGAACUUGUCGAGAUGAUGCCCACUACCGAAUCCGUGGGUACGAAGCAAAGCGUCAGAGCAUCUCGGUUUAUCCCACGAAAGGUAGUCAAGGAUGAUAUCGAAUUAUUUGCAGAGACCCUAGAGGCAAUCACCUCUCACCCUGGUCCUCUGAACGAUGGAGUCUCGCCUCCAUCAAUUUCAGGAACCAUGACGGGUAGCAGGACGCCUGUUGACAACGCCCUAAACCCUGCCUGGCGAGACUCUGUUGUCCAUAUCAUCACUUCUCAAAGCUGGGACGAAUCCUUACCUCCCGCCGUGGCUGACCGGGUAGUCCACAAUAUGACGUACCAGAAAGGCUAUGCAUUGCGACAACUUGCGCCUGAUACAGGUGCUUACUUCAAUGAGGCCAACGCAAACGAGUCAACUUGGCAGUGGUCUUUUUUCGGUGAUCACUAUCCUAGACUUCAAUCGAUCAAGCAAAAGUACGACCCAGAGGGUCUACUGUGGUGUCGUCAGUGUGUGGGAAGCGAGAGAUGGACGGAACAGGAGGAUGGGAAGCUCUGCCGUGCCUUUUAA